AUGACCACAUUCAUUGUUGAGUUACGUAUUUUACUCGACCAAGUAUGCGAUGCCAGACAGGACGAUUCAAUGGCUGCCGUUAUGGCUUUGGAAGACAGUUUAAACAUGAAAAAAGAACGCAUGAUCAACCUUCUAGACGAUGCACCCCAAAACGCUGAGCAUCGAACUUUAUUAAAGUCAGGCAAACCAGUCAUUAACGGAAAGGAAUUCAGAGUCAAUGAAGACUUUAUCAAACAAGCAAUAUUCCUUUCUGAUCAAUUAAACCUGGAUGAGUAUGAAGCCGCAAGGUUAUUACUUGAAGGUAUUAGUGAAUCUUCGAAUGUCAACUCUACGCCUUUAGACACCGCAGUAUACAUGUACCAUUCCGAAAGAGGACAUGUCUUGGCUAUUUUAAACGUUUUAUUGGAAGCAAUUAAGGACUCUUCAUUCAAUACCAAUGUUCGCGGUGUCUUUUCUAACUUCAUUGGAGGCAUUGUGUCAGAAAAACCAGCCAACGGUAGCUUUGUUGAAAGGGUUGUCAAAUCAACAAGAGAUUUAUCAGUCAAGAUAAGUGAAAUCACAAAACUUGGCAUGCUGGAAUCUGCUCACGACAUAUAUAAGAGACAAAAGCAACUUGAAGACCUGCACCAUCAACAUCACAAUCAGCCUUUUUCAGAAGUAAAGCACUUUCCUUCUGAGCUGCUGCAUCUCUUACCAGAAACCACCAAGUUGCGUAUCGAUCGAUUAAACGAAGAGCGUAUCUCUCUUGCCCAAAUUUUAUAUCAUAUUGCAUCUCUUCAUUGGCUGCCUGAAAACGAUUUGGUUGUAAUGUUGACAAAGGUACAAUCCAUCAAUUUGGCUGAUGGUAUUGCGCCUUAUAUCUUGACCGCCUUUCUCGCUGCCAUCUCCUUUGAUUGCUCAUACCCGAGUGGACGCCAGGGAAUCGAAUUUUCAGCAAACGACGCAUUUCUCAAGAAAAUGCAUGAUCAGAUCACCGGAAAUAAUUGGAGAGUAAACACAUUAAAGACAGUCGUUCAAAUCCAAUGGGCUUUAUUCAUCAACAUCAUCUCACACAGUAGACCUUCUGUUGACAAAGAGCUUUCAUUCGAUAAGGAACAAAGACUGCGACUUGUCAAAUCUGCCAUCGCUUUAGAUGCAUUUGGAUUUAUGAACAAUUACCUUUUAUAUUUCAAGCAGGAAAAACCAGAGGAUGAAAAGAAGAAGAUAGAGACGGAUGAUGUCGACAUGGAUACCGCUAUGAUACUGGAUGGGUUAAUUGUGGACCCUGACGAUUAUACUAAAUUUGAUGUCUUUAUCAGCAAAGAUUUUCAAAUUUUUGUUGUUCAUGAGAUGGAAUAUUUAACACAAUCUUUCAUCCUCAACAUGUCUGAAAUUUUCCAGGCUAUCAAGUCCGACGUUGUCGAUAGAGAGAUCAGUGCUGAAAAAAAGGAAGAGAUCAACAAUAGUUUGACAAAGUUUUUAACUUUACUUGCUAGUAUCUAUAGAGAUCGUAUGGAUGCUGGAUUAAAGUUUUGGAAUAGCACCAAUAAUGCCCUUUACAGAUUUUUGGGUUUUCUUGUUGAUUACAGGUUACCACAAAGUCUCGCGGCUACAUUUGAUUUCUUCGGCGCCAUCUCUACAGGCAUUGAAAGUGCAACCAAUUCUCACACAAUGCUCAAGAUUGGAACAAACAAACAGGAUAUUUCUAAUAGCAACUUAUUCUCUUGGGGAAAGCUUUUCGCUACAAUCCAAUUCUUCACUAACUUAAUUCGUGAGAACUCCGCAGAUGGGCAACCACCCGCAUUUCCACCAGAAGAGGAGGACUCCCUAUGCAAGUUUUUAUAUCUUUGUCAGCAAGUGGUACAAUAUUCCGUGGAAGCUAGGCUAGAAAUUUGGUCCGACCCACUUCUUCGCGCACAUGAAAGUAUUGUAUUAAUGAUUAGCUGUCAAACUUCACAUCGUCUUCGUGCCAGUCUAUAUAACCUCUUGACAGCAUUCUGUUCAAACUGGGGUGGUGGAAUCAAUGAUGUAGGAAGGGACAUCGCUCUCGAAGUUUGGAAAACUUUGGAACAUUCUGACAUGAUCAUUCCUGACAAGGUUAUGGUUACCAAACCAACAAAAGUUGUUGCCACCUCAUCUAACAACUCUCAGGCACCACAAAACACCUUGUUCAAAUGGUAUAACGCAGAGCAACCAAAAAUACCCACCGUAGUAGAUACACCAAAGCCAUCACAUCAACUCUACUUGCCAGAAAAACCUCCCGGAAUUUUACGUGAAUUUGAAGAAGGAAAAACCAUGAAAUCGUAUACAGAGACACUUGCGGUGUUAAAAUUGGUGUCUUCAUUAAUUCACACACCUAGUAAACGAGACAAAUUGAUUGCUGGAUUUUCUUCUAUCAGCACAUCCAUUCCCAAUCUCUUAGGUUCUGAUAAUAACCGUUCACCCGGUACUGCACCUUAUAUCUCUCUUGUAGUAGACCACAUUUUCUUGAAUAUCAAGAAUUUGAAAUUUUCUCAUCCUGAUGUUCGCUGGCAACUGACCGAAUCUUGUUUAACCAUUGUUGAAAAUAGUCUUAUGGCAUUCGACAUCGAACCUCUUACGGAUUAUAUCAAGUACAACACGCCUGCCAACGAAAUUUCACAUAUGAAUUUUCUUAGUGCUUUAAAAGGUAUAAAUGCAGAAUCAGAUAAAUCCUACACCUCACACAUUCGAUCUGCUUUAUUGGCAUUUAUUACUUUGCCUGGUUAUGAUAUUCUUCUGCGUAUUCUCUCGGGUGGUGCAUUGAUUCAUGAGAUUUUCAAGAUCGUAGAAUUGGGCAAAGAUGCCGUUACAAAAACCAAGAACGAAAAGAACGAUUAUUUUACAAGAUCGAUGACUCGUUGUUUGCGUAUUUUUUCAAGGGUGUUCAAAAUUCAAAAUGCAUUCGUCAAUGUCUUUAUGCCUCAACUAAAUAUCCUCGUCGAAGCACAACCUGGCGGUGUGUUUAAAUUGGAUCAGUAUACUUUCCCUAUCCCUCCUCCAUCCUACCGCUCAUUGGGCAGUUUGAUGAUGUAUAACACAAAGGUGAUUGUUCAAAUUGCUUUAAUGGUGAACUGUGAUGCUUUUGAAACUCUAUGCAAUCUCAGUGCUGCAACUCUUGCUAACUUAGCGUCGCAACCUGACGAUAACUUUGACAAGUUCACUUUCCCCAAUCAUAUCAAUGUUCCUAUGGGUGGUAUCGGUUCCAAGCUUGCGGGUAUUUUAGCAUCUAGUCCUGAUGCAUCUUCUAUUGUUCUUGGGUUUAGUGAACGUCUUCAAAUCGAAAAUUCAGAAAUCCUUACAUACGAUGACUACGAGUACGAUAUGAACAUCAUUCCAUUCUGGCUUGCUGAGAAGACACUCGGUAAUAUUUAUCGAUUUGACAAUUUUGAUGACAAUGAUCAGCACUCGCCCUCCAUUCGAAUCACCAUCUUGGAUAUGUUACUCAAUAACAUGGCCAAGGAAAUCCAAUCACCUACUAUCAGUGAAUUUUUACUAGGAUAUGAUGUGAAGGAAUUGGAAACAAGUGGUACCCAACAUAAGUCUUUGCCCACCGAUGUGAAACACAAGUCCCAACUUGCUUGUUUGUUGUCGAUUUUAGAAUUGGUAAAUACUGGUAUUAACAACGAUGUAGAUGAUGUUGAAGAACCUUUGAUUCGCACGCACCCUGUUUUAGCUGAAAAAUGUUAUCAAUUGAUUUUUGAGCUAUGUGUGAGACAAUCCACCUCAAAUGCCACUUUACACUAUCUGCGAAACAACACUGAUAAGUUUUUGGUCAACCAAUUUAAGGCGAUUGCUUGUCGUUUGGAAUCUUGUGUCAGUGUAUCCGAACACUACUUUAUCGGUGAAUUGGAAUCCGCUGAUAAAACAAUAAUUACAGCAGACUACUUUACGUUAGUCAGUAUUUUGAAUCAGCGUGCUUGGUUGUUGAAGUUGGUUGCUUUGGAUCUCCUGAAGACAGAUUCAAACAAGACCGGAACACUCGAUUUAUUGGAGUUGCUCUAUGGUAUCGAAGAGAGCCAGUCUCACGGUAAUUCUGAAAAGCAGCUUAUUCGCAACAUGGAAAAGAUGCAAUUGAAGUUAGAUGCCAAUUAUCAACAGCCUCUUUGGAACAUGCUUGAGAUUGUUAACUCUUUAGAAUUUACCUGGACCGAUGGAUUAGACGAAGGACCAUUACCACCUACUGUCUAUUUUAAAAAUUUCCACCCCGAUAAGUAUGUGAUUCAAAAGGAUGGCUACACUAUCUAUGAUAUUCGCAAUAUCUUCAAGAUUAUUCGCCAAUAUCAGUUAAAGGAUCCAGUCUGUCAAAACUUAUCUGAUGUCGAGCGUAACGCAAUGGAAUUAGAGAUGGGAAGUUUACUGAAGUACUUGAUGGCACAAAAUCGAUACAACGAAAUAUCUUUCGCAAGAUUGCAUUGUCUUCGCGCUUGGAAACAAGUGGUUGAAGUGACCAUCGCUGAUUGCUUUGACUUAUUAACCUUUGAAGCUCGUCAAAAGGUCAUUUAUGAUCUGCUCUCUGUCUUGUUGCCCAAGCUGGAAAACGGUGCAAGCCUUCAUUUGGAGAUUUUGAAGGGGUUAGGUGAGGUCACUUUAAGUUUGUUGACUCGCUUGAGAGAAGAUAAGCGUAAACAUUCGAUUCUUCAAGUUGGCUCCGAUGCCAGUGUGUCUCGCCUGCCUGAUGAGAAGCUUCGUUCGGUUUUCAAUUCGAUUAUCAACACUAUUCUUAGAGAUUCAACUGCGAUCGAGGUGCGUAGCGCCAUGUACUCUGCCUUGGUAAAUCUGAUUCAAUACAUUACCCCUGAUAAAGAUUUAGACGAUGCUUCACCCAAUGUUAUCCAUAAUCAGGUCAUCAAUAUCAUCGGUGGUGGGUAUAAAGAACAACUCUUUGAUAUCAUCUGCAAUGAUGCAAGUCAAGGUUUAGACAUAUACAAGACAUCCGCAUAUAAAGCUCUUGAAGCAUUAUAUGUCCUGACCAAAAAAUCCAAAAGUACUGUCAUUCAUAGUUACUUUCUCAAAAAGAACUUCUUGAAAUACAAUAUUGCCAUGAUUGAAAGAUCUGAUUUGGAGUUAGUCAAGAUUAUCAAUGAACGUGAUGGUAAUAUACACAUUAUAUAUAUGUAUAUACACUUUUUAUGA